AUGGUCCACAAGUCCGCAGAUAUAUGCUUCACCCGCGACAACCUCCUCGCGAGGCCCAAGGGUAACGACGACAACGACGACAACGACGACGGACUCACGUACGAGUCGGUUAAGCCAACAGACGAGCGCUUCACCCAGCACGUCAGCCCCGAACAGGUGCAGGUUGUCCAGAAGCUACUUGACGGCGAGCCCGAGGCCAUGUUCGUGCACGUUCAGUUGCGCGUACGUACGACAACCGGCGACGCCGAACCUGACAGCCAGCGUCCCCUCUACGGCAAGGCGUUCUACACCAACGAGUCCCUUAGGCCGUUCGAUCCGCUCUUCCAGAAGGCUCGCGGCAUGCUCGCCGGCAGCAACGUCGUGCACCUUCACCUCUUCUGCGUCGCCUCCGAGGCCCUGUUCAGCCGCUUAAACGCGGUAGACGACAGCAUAAUGAUGCAGAAGGAGCAGCCUGCUAUCCUCGACUACGGCGACCAGCUCUACUACGCCCACCUCAAGAUUCCCGAUGGCACCCACUACUGCGCCGGCUCAGGCAUUAGCAUCAAGCUCAGCAGCCCCCACGCAGAAGACGAGGUCGACUGGCGCUUCGAUGUGAUCGAGUCGCUCGGCCUCGGCAGUGCAAGUGGGCCGAAGCUCGCAUCGGUCGCUGUGUACAAGUACUACUUGAUCUUGAGCAUCACUGGCAUCGACGAGAAGACAGAGCUGUAUUCCAUCGACUCGUCAAUGGACCUGGCAUUGAGCGACGUGAUCAAGGACCGCAUCAACAACAACUCGCCAGACGAGAUAGACUCGUGGGGAAGAUCCCCGAGGCUAUACGAGGAAGGGACAGCGGCGUGCGCUGGGAUCAUCCAGCACAUCUGCAUGUAG